UAUGUGCAUUACAUAUAAUAUUUAUUUAUUGCUUCGAAAUUUUCAUGUACUUUCUGUAAUACUGUGUUAUUAUUUAAUUUUAAGUAAAAAUGUCUUUUCGGGAGGCAUAUAAACUGGUUACCAAGCAAUCCAUUCGCUGGUUUCCUGGACACAUGGGGAAAGGAUUAAAGCAAAUGCAGCAAAAAUUAAGAUCUGUGGAUUGUAUAGUAGAAGUACAUGAUGCGCGUAUACCCUUUUCAGGGCGAAACCCGGAAUUCCAGCACACAAUAUCUGGUGGAGCAAAACCACAUAUACUUGUUUUAAAUAAAAAGGAUCUUACGGAUAUACGCGAGCAACGGAAAAUUGUGAAAGAGCUUCAAGAACGUGAAGGCAUCCAGCAUGUUUUAUUCACAAAUAGCAAGAACCAACAAUGCAAUGGUAUCAAACGUAUGUUACCUUUAGCACAUUCAUUGAUAUCCAACUCGGAUCGCUACAAUAGGACGGGGUUAAAGGAAGCGAGUAUCAUGAUUAUUGGAGUACCCAAUGUUGGUAAGAGCUCACUUUUGAAUGUGUUACGGAAUAAGAAUUUGCGGAAGAAAAGUGCAACACAAGUUGGAAAUAUAGCGGGAGUUACUCGUUCGGUUAUGGAACGUAUUAAAAUUAGUGAAGAUCCUUUAAUAUAUAUGAUUGACACACCCGGAAUUCUCGAACCGCGCAUAGCAGAUGACGAAAUGGGUAUGAAAUUAGCAUUAGUGGGUUGCUUACCAGAUCAUUUAGUUGGUGAAGAACUGAUAGCGGAUUACUUGUUAUAUUGGAUGAAUAAAAAUCGUCGGUUCGAAUAUGUUAAAGAAGUGGGAUUGGAAAGCGCUACAGAUAACAUUGCAGAAGUUCUAGUGUCCUAUGCCAAAGGUUUAGGCGCCGAAAGAAAAUAUAAAAAUCUCGAUGGACAAAUAGUUAAUAUACCGGAUGUUUUGGUUGCAGCACGUAAAUUUAUCAAAAAUUUUCGAAGUGGCGUUUUCGGAGGUAUUAAUUUAGAUAGAUGAUAUAUUUUCGGAAACAUUUAUAUGCAUAUAUUUAUAAAUUUGUAAAAAUAUCAGUAAAAUUACAUUUACCAAAAUUA